CAAUCCUGAACUGAUCUCCUAGGCUUCCUCCUCAUAUCCCACUGCGCGAACGCACACAGUUCAGGGUCACGAUGGAUCGCGAUGCUUCACCCCCUCGCCGACGUGCACGCCGUUCAGCGUCCCCACCUCAGCGCAAUUUCGAGCAUCAGGGUGGAGGCAGAUCAUCUUCUAGAAACAGAUCACCAGGACACUAUGUGAAGGAUUCUCGCGAUAGGGAGCCAAGGCGAAGUGGAGGAGGUUCUGGAGAAUUCAGAGACGCUGGAUACGGCAAUCAUUCAAGAGGAAGCUAUGAAGAUAGCAGGAGUGGUAGAGAUCCGGGUCACCGUCACGGAAGAUCUCGAGAUGAUGGGUACGGGGACAGGUCAAGACCGAGGGAUAAUGGCUACGGAGACAGGAAUGGAGGUUCGAGACGGCGAGAUGGAGACUACACAGCACAAGACAGAGAGAGGGAAAGAGCAUCAGAUAGGAGCAAGUAUGAACUUGAAGCCACAGGCGAGGAUAAAGAGAAAGCCUUGAUCGAGGCUUCCAAACCAAACUUCAGCAAUUCUGGGCUUUUGGCCAAAGAGACCAACACUGUUAAAGGCGUUGAGCUGAAAUACAACGAACCUCCAGAAGCAAGGAAGCCUUUGAAGAAUUGGCGGUUAUAUGUGUUCAAAGGCAAGGAGCAGCUAGACCUGAUACACAUCUACCGACAGUCUGCUUACCUUGUCGGUCGGGAUCAAGUGGUCACCGACAUUCCCAUUUCCCAUCCUUCUUGCUCGAAGCAGCAUGCAGCGAUUCAGUUCCGACAGAUCACCGAAAAGAAUGAGUAUGGGGACGUCACGUCGUCUGUCAAACCGUUCAUUAUCGAUCUCGAUUCCACCAACGGCACCCACGUCAAUGAUCAGGAGAUUCCCAAAUCGCGAUACUACGAGCUGAGGAAUAGCGAUGUCAUCAAAUUCGGCACAUCUUCCAGGGAGUAUGUCUUACUGCACGAAGAUGCUAGUUCGUGAUAUGAGGACUUCCCAAUCCUUGAUCUCAGCCGUCUGCUCGGUUACGUGAGCGUGACCAUGCAGAUCUGUUCAGGAGCUUAGCGUUGGAUCGACAUAAGUUGGUCAUCGAGGACACCAGCAGGGCUCUGCAGGGUGAAUGUAACAUUGUAUAUCAAAUGCCCCC